AAUACGUACUUAUAGAACAGAAGUCGCGUUACUCGUCACACACCGCUCGAUGUUGUAUAGCAUAAUAUUAUUAGGUAUAGUUUUGAUCUAUUCGUAAAAUCGCGAUGUCGUAGACGCGUCUGCGGCACCGGUUAAUCAAGAGUCCUUCGUCAUAGAUAUAUUAUUAUACUCGACCGUAUUUCUACGUUUAUCGAUAUAUUAAAAAUGAUUACAGUCCGGUAAUAUAAUAAUAUAACAUUUAAUUAUUAUUAUACAGUAUACAAUUAUCGCCUUAAAGCCUCCGACUUCGGUGUUGUCUCGAUCGACUCGUCCGGCUAUACAGCGACAGCGGCCAAUCGACCAUGACGUCCGCCAAAUGUUUUUUGGGCUGCACCAACGUCCGGUACGGUGCCCGCAUCGUGUCCAUAUUGGACUUUUGGAUUGGUGUGAUACUUCUGAUAAAAUGCCUUAUGCUGUUAAAUCCAUUUUACGAAGACUAUUACUAUUACAACUCACGCACAGAACAAAUAAUAUACGAUUUUAUCACAUUCAGUUAUUUGUUUCUAAUAUCUGUGUUCCUUAACGUCAAUUAUUACCUGAAGGAAUCAACAUACGACCACAAAAUCCAUAAAAUAUAUCAGUGGUUAGCGGUCAACACGAUAUUUCUGUCGUUUCACAUACUGGCUAUUACUUAUAUCACGAUCAAGUAUUACUAUCCUGUCAUACUUUAUUAUUCAGUACCUAUAUGCAUCAUCCACCUGUGCCAGAUCUACGUGGUGAAAAGUUUUUACGACGACGAACUCCUCGCAACGCGGCCUCCGUUGCCCACAUUAUCAUCCGCUGUCGCGGGCCAAAGCCUGCAGGAGCCUGCCGUAAAUCAAAACUUGUCCCAAAAUUCCGUGAAUGUUACGCUCAGCGGGCUACCGGCACCAAACCCGGUUUACCCAGUCCAGAGCGCACCACCACUACAAUUGCAGGAACAACAGGAAGCCGGAUGGCAACACAGCAGCAAUGGUGCAGCGCUUCCGGUUCCGGUGGCGUCCCAUGUUUAUCCCCAACUGCACCACGGUCACCCCGGACACAAUGGCACCGAACCGCACUUUCAGACUUCGGUGUCACUGCAGCCAAGACCCGCUUCUGUAGAAGUACAGCACCCUCAAGAAUAUUAUAACCCUCCAGCAUAUUCACCACCUUACGAACAGCAAGCAGAAAUUCACUCCGUGAGAAAGAUUUAGAUGGUCCAUAUAUAUAUCAUAUAUUAUGUAUAAUGAAUCAUGCAUGAAAUAUUAUGUUGUACAUAUUCGAUGAUAAAUUCUUUUCCAAUAUCACAUAAUAUUAUACUACGAGAUCGUGUAAUAUCAUAUUAUUAUGUGUAAUGUGUUCAUUUGAAAAUACGAAUCAUUUUGAGACUGUACCGUUUAUUUGUUUUUUGUAAUAUUAUAUUGUACACGCCAUAUUAAUCAAUACAAUAUAAAUUAUAAUUACUUAUAUAAA